AUGCUAAGCAGAAGUAAAUCCAGUAUUUCAGAGCAGAAACUUGUAAACUAUAUGACCUAUCUGACUGACAUAUUGGAAGAAUUGACUGGUCUGGAGCACCAAGACUAUCUGGUUUAGGUGUUCUACUUCUUGUUGCUGUUAAUUCCAUUUAUAAUGCUGCUUGCAUUUCAUAUCGUUCUGUUUGGUAUUCUCUACCUUUCCAGUCUUCUUCUUCAUGUUUACAAGAGAAAGAAUCUCCUAAAGGGAGAUUAUUCCAGUAAGUUAUGGGACAAUGGCAGGCAAAUGGUGAUAUGUCUUUGGGACUUGUAUGGAAAGUUAUGGCAUGGUUAUGAGCUUCAUGGUGUGGAAAACAUCCCAGAAGGACCAGGACUGAUUGUUUAUUACCAUGGUGCCACACCUAUAGACUAUUUGUACUUUCUGGCUAGAUUAUGUAACCAGAAGGGCAGACUCUGCCACUCAGUAGCUGAUCACUUCACCUUUAAAAUACCAGGUAUUAAACUGCUUUUAGACGUUUUUGGUGUGAUGCAUGGUGGAAGAGAAGAAUGUGUUCAAAUUCUGAAGAAUGGUCACUUAUUGGGUGUCUCACCAGGCGGAGUUCGAGAAGCAUUCUUUAGUGAUGAAAACUACAACCUCUUGUGGGGUAAUCGCAAAGGCUUUGCUCAGGUGGCUAUAGAUGCAAAAGUGCCCAUCAUCCCUAUGUUCACACAGAAUCUUCGGGAAGGAUACAGGACACUUGGAAAAAUAUGGUCAUUUAGGUGGCUUUAUGAAUAUACUCGAUUGCCAGUAGUUCCUCUAUAUGGAGGGUUCCCAGUCAAAUUUCGCACAUAUAUUGGCGAUCCCAUACCAUAUGAUCCAAAUGUAAGUGCUGCAGAACUAGCUGAAAAGGCAAAGACUGCAAUCCAAUCUCUAAGAGACAGGCACCAAAAAACACCAGGAAAUAUACUAAGAGCUCUAUUGGAACGAUUCGAUAAACAUCAGAAAGAUGACUAG